AAGCGGAGUCCCAAUGGCUGUCUGGAGCACUGGACAGUGUACGGAAGAACGUUACGCAUGUUUCGUGUAUAAUGUUUCGCAGACAGCGCACGAGCCACCUAUGAUCUCAUCGCAGCUGGAAACACUCGCGAUCCUCACCCUCUGCCUCCGCCAACCUCCACCAGAUCGCACCCGAUCGCCACGAUGGCACCAACCACCGAUGGCAUGGCGCCCGUCAAGGUACCCGCCAACCUCCCCGAGCUUGUCCGUAGUGCCUUCAACCGCGCGCGCGCCAGCGGCGACGUGCACUUCUUCCCGACCGAAGUGACCCUCGUCAACGUCCACUCGGUGCCGUUCCAACUUCGCUUCUCCCCCGCGCUCGCCGAAAAACCGCGCGCCCCGCAGCCCCCGGCACCAUCCAUCACCACCCCCACCGCCGACGGCCCCACGACGAAGGGUGACAGCCGCUUCUUCGACCCCUUCGACGAUCCUCCACCCGCCAUGCUGAUCACGCCGCUCCCGCCCUCGCACAACCUUGUCCUCAACAAGUUCGCCAUCGUUCCGGAGCACUUCAUCCUCGCGACCAAGGCCUUCAAGCCGCAAAACCACCUGCUCGAGCCAGCCGACCUCGCCGCCGCCUACGCCUGCAUCGAAGCCUACCACUACCACCACCAGCAACGCCAGCACCACCAGCAUAGGCAAAGCAGCACCAACCCCACCACCGACCCCAAGCAGGAGGACGAAGCGAAAGAAGCGCAAGAACAACCCGACCCAGACGAAGGCGAGCUCUUCGUCUUCUUCAACUCGGGCCCGCACUCCGGCGCCAGCCAGCCGCACCGCCACAUCCAGCUGCUUCCCGUCGCGCGCAUGCGCGAGGGCCUGGCCCGCCACGAGGCCGCCGCGUGGGACGUGCUGGCGCGCCGGCUGGGCCGCACCAGCAGCAGCACCAGCAGCAGCAGCAGCAGCAGCAGCAGCGGCAGCCGCGUCCGCGCGAGCCUGCCGUUCCAGACCUUCGCCGAGCCCAUCUCGCCCGGUGCCGACCUGCCGGCUGUGUACGCGCGGCUGUAUCGGCGCGCGUGUGAGGCGGUGCUGGGGACGGGGGAGGCGGCCGGGGUCAGCACGGUGGUUGGUGAUGGCGAGGGUCACGAGGAUGUGGAAGGGGGUGGUGGUGCGGAGGGGGUGGGGGAAGGGGUCGAGGCGAGAGUGGAUUACAACCUCGCGAUGACGAGGGAGGUGAUGGUGAUUGCGCCGCGGGUGGCGGAGGGCGAGGUGGUCUGGGCGGCGGCGGCUGGUGGGGAGGGGGGCGGGCAGCGGACGCCGGUCGGGAGGCUCGCGCUGAACGGGACGGUGCUGGCCGGCACCGCGCUGGUCAAGAGCCGCGCCGAGUGGGACGCGCUCCGGGCCGAGCCGGAGCAGUUGCUGGAGGUGCUGGGGCGGAUUGGCGUGCCGACGGUGCACGCGCCGUCGCUGGUGUGAGGAGCCCGGGUGAAAGGAAGCGUUGGUGUUGGCGGGAUAGAUGGUUAGAUGAAUAGAUGGUUGCGCCUGGAGACAGUGCA